AUGUCAGAGUCUCAAGCUUUAAAUAUAAUAUCUCCUCUUAGAGCAGGUUCUGUCAGUUCACCUUUGAUUUCCUCAAGUUUACCCUCAAGUCUAUAUCCCAAGUCCAUUUUCAAGUUCAAUGGUAAAAAGGACACGGGUUCUCUCUAA